AUGACGGAAGUGUCGUCCACACGUCUCUAUCUCGGGAAUCUGCCCCGCAACGUCACCAAGCAGGAGAUCGAAGAUCAUUUCAAUUCCCACCACGGCUCCGGCAAAAUCACAGAAAUCAAGCUCAUGAGUGGCUUUGGGUUUAUCGAAUAUGAGGAUGCCAUGGAUGCGAAGGACGUUGUGCCAGAUGGUACGGAUUUCAAGGGUGAACGUCUCACCGUCCAAUUUGCCCGUGGACCCCGUCACAAAGAAACAUUCUCUGGACCGUCGGACCGCUCAAGCGCUCCACGCCCGCGCCGGACAAUCUAUCGAAUGCAAAUAUCUGGACUUCCAGAAACCAGUUGGCAGGAUCUCAAAGACUUCGCACGACAGUCCGGCCUCGAUGUAGUCUAUUCAGAGGCUGGCCAUGAUGGAAGAGGGUUCGUCGAAUUCGAAACAGGGAGUGACCUCAAAACCGCAGUUGAAAAACUAGACGGCCGUGAAUUCAAAGGCUCCAGGGUCUUAUGCACGCAGGACAUUCAAUCCCAGGAGGACCGCCAGCCUCGUGAUCCAUACCGUUCCCGUUCUCCUGGCCGACGGGGUGGGUAUCAUCCAUACGAUGAUUAUGACAGACGUGGGCCUCCGCGCAGCGGGUACAGUCCACGCAACCACUACCGCGAACGCUCCCCGGCCCGUCGUGACUAUUACGAUCGCGAUGGUUACGGACGUCGGACACCACCUCCACGUUCUCGUGUUGACGACUACCCACCACCACCUCGCCGCCCCUAUGACGACCCUUAUGACCCUCGCGGGCCUCCCCCUCCUCCCCGUCACUAUGAUGACCCUUACGCUCCUAGGCCAUAUGGCCGCCCGCGGAGCCCUCCACCAAGAGGCGAUUAUGGCUAUGAGCGCCGCCCAUACUGGUAG